AAUCCAAAUCAAACAACCCGACAGGUCGUUUUUUCUGUGUUUCGAAUCCAAAUCGAACCCGGUCGUGGCCCGAUAUAUAUUUUCGGGUUGCAGAAGCAGCUGAUCUUGCAUCUCAAAUUUGAGGACUUCCAUCAUUCAUCUCCUUCUUCCCUCUCACACACACCAAUAUGCCUCAGAGACACUCGAAGAACAACAACGAUCUCGCCUUCUUCACAUACGACGAGAAGCGCAAGCUCGGCUAUGGGACCCAGAGGGAGAGACUCGGCAGAGACUCCAUCAAACCCUUCGAUGCUUGUUGCCUCUGCUUGAAGCCCUUCAUUGAACCCAUGAGCUGCCAGAAAGGCCACGUCUUUUGUAAGGAAUGCAUUCUCGAAUGCUUGCUUUCUCAGAAGAAAGACAUCCACAGAAAGCAAGUCGCACAUAAUAGUCAGCAGAAGCAAGAGAAGGAAGAUGAGGAAGAGAAAUUAAGGCAACAGAAAGCCAGAGAACUAGAGGCUUUUGAUCAACAAAACCAUGGUGCAUUACCACACUACAAUGAUCGAAACCAGGACCGGGAUAAAAAUGGUUUUCAUGGGGCAAAUAGUGUGAAGGUCACUUCUUAUGAAGAAGAGGCUCUUCGGACAAUGAAGGCAUUUUGGCUGCCUUCUGCUACACCAGAAGCUCCUGUUAAAGUGGCUGCUCCACCUGAAUGCACGACCUGUCCGGAAGGAAGUGAGAAGCUAAAGCUGAAGUCUCUUUUCCCUAUCCAUUUCACUGAAGACAUUAACGAUGAGAAGAAAUCUACGCCUCUCGACAAGACAUAUAUAUGUCCAAGCUGCAAGGUUACAUUAACAAACACGCUGUCCCUUGUGGCUCUUAGCUCAUGUGGUCACGUCUUCUGUAAGAAGUGUGCUGAUAAGUUCAUACCAGUAGAUAAAGUUUGCCUCGUUUGCAAUAGAGGGUGUAAAGAAAAGAACUUGGUGAACCUGAAAAAAGGAGGGACCGGCUUUGCUGGCCAUGACGAUGAUCUUGAAGCCAAAGAUUUCAAGCAUUUGGGCAGCGGUUCAGGUCUUGGGUUAGUGAGACCCGCAGCAAAAACCUGACUUCACAAUUUCUACAGGUCCGUGUCUCCAUGGCGACUGUAUCUCGACCUUCAUUUUGCUUUUAUUGUGGCUUUUUACGAACAAGAACAUUAGGAUAUAAUUAUAUGUAACUUGAUUUGUGCAAUGCCUACAACACUUGUUGGUUCUUUUGACAUUUUCACUAUUGCUGCAUUUCAAGAUGAGCUUUUGAUCUUCCA